AUGUCCAGACGCUACGACUCACGGACUACGAUCUUCUCGCCCGAGGGACGUCUCUACCAGGUCGAGUAUGCCUUGGAAGCCAUAUCUCAUGCCGGUACAGCUCUUGGAAUCCUCUCCAAGGAUGGAAUUGUGCUCGCCGCCGAGAGAAAAGUGACCAGCAAGCUCCUGGAACAGGAUACCUCUGCGGAGAAGCUUUACAUCUUGAAUGAUAAUAUGAUCUGUGCUGUCGCCGGUAUGACAGCCGACGCCAACAUUCUCAUCAACUACGCCCGACAGGCUGCUCAGCGGUAUCUGUUAACAUACAACGAAGAAAUCCCGUGCGAGCAACUCGUCCGUCGUCUUUGCGACUUGAAGCAGGGCUAUACCCAACAUGGUGGUCUUCGACCCUUCGGUGUCUCGUUCAUCUACGCAGGCUAUGACCCUCAUCGACAAUUCCAGUUAUACCAGAGCAACCCAAGUGGCAACUAUGGUGGUUGGAAAGCGACUAGCGUGGGCGCCAACAAUGCUGCGGCUCAGAGUCUUUUGAAGCAGGACUACAAGGAGGAUUGCGAUCUGAAGGAGGCGUGUGCUUUGGCAGUCAAGGUUCUCAGCAAAACAAUGGACUCCACAAAGCUGAGCAGUGAGAAAAUUGAAUUCGCAACCGUGGGCCAAACCAAGGACGGAAAGAUUUACCACCACCUCUGGGGCGCUGACGAAAUCAACGCAUUAUUGAAACAGCAUGGCCUGGCCAAGGAGGAGGAUACUGAAACCUGA